AUGAGCUCGAUCCCUUCUCAGUCGGGCGUUCAACCAGGCCAGAGCACCGCUUCCACCUCUCCCAAGCCCGCAUCUUCCCCCCUGGCUGCGCCAGCCAGGUCUUACGCCAACGCUACAAAGAAAGCUGCGACGGACUCGUCCGCAGCUCCCGUCACUGUGGGUGGCUCAGCGCAACAUGGGAAGUCGACUUCCGUAUCUCCUGUGAACGGCAAACCCAUGCAAAACCAACCCGCCCAGCAGGCCUCGGGUGUGACCAUCGUCAAUGGCGCCCCAACCGCUCCUGCUUCCCAAGGUGAUCACUCCCGAAAGCCUUCGGUGACCAUCACCUCUGCCGGUACCUCCGGAUAUAUGCCCAACGGCGGCCCUGCAAGCCGUCCCAAUAGCCUCCAGUUCGGUUUCGCGAACCAGCAGAGCUCGCCCAACAUGGGCAAUCCUGCUGUUCUUGCUUCCAGCCAGUCGCAGUCUUCUGGCCUGGGUGCCCCGUCGCCCAACCCACGUGUUACCUCACCGCAGACUUCCCCAUCGCCUAUCCCACAGCCCGCUUCAAGCGGCGGUCGUCCCCCAUCUACUUACCAGGCACAGGGCAACGUUCCUAACUUUGGUAGCUUUGGUGAGACUGGUGACAAUAACGCACCCCUUGGCCCCGGUCCCCAACAUUUGCGUCGCGAAUCUUCGCAGUCUACCCACAGUGAUAUGAGCAACCAUAUGGGCGGUGGACGUGGCGGCUACCCUCAGGGUGGUCGCGGACGUGGAUACUCCCAGUCUGGAUACCAGGGACAGAUGCCCUACUCACCGGGCCCGAACUUCCGUCAACCUCACAACGCGCCCCGUGGCGGACCCAACAUGGGCCCUCAGUUCCAUGGCCCCAACCAAGGCCGUCCGCUCGCAGCCCCGUUCCCGAACUCCCCACACCAAGCCAACCGCAGCCCCGCGCUGGCUAACGCCCACCCAACCACUCCCCAGAUGAACCAGGUUCCUAUGGCCCACCCGCAAAUGCCGCCACAGCCCUUCGGCUACGGACAGCACAUGGGUCCCCAAACUGUGAGAAAUCCACCCUUUGCUCGUCAAUUUAAAUACCCAGCCCGGCGUGGCAAUCAUAAAAACUACAGGGGAAAGCGUCAGACCAACCCAGGUCCCGGUCCCUUCCCCUCCCUGGAUCUCGCACCUGAAAGUGGAAAUUUCGAACAAUAUCUAACAUUGUACAAACACCAGGGCUACCCUCCAUACGACCCCAACUAUGCCUACUACAACCAAGGCUAUAUGGGAGGACAGAUGCAAUAUAUGACUCCUCCGUCGCCCCAACCCCGUCCUGGCAUGCCUUACAACCCUCAGGCUCCCGGCUUCAUGCAGGGCCAGUACCCCGUUCAACCCCCACCGCAGUCUACCCCUCUCUCGCGUACUCCCUCCCAGGUUUCUACUGACCGUCCCGGAUCGAGCCUUGGCCAGCCGGCUCCUGCUGGUGCUCCGGCUGCUCACGCUCAAGCUGGCAGCAGAUCUUCUAACAGCCCCGCUCCUACUAAGCCCCACUUCAUUAUUCCCUCAGCCAAGAAGAGCCCAAUUGUCAUCAAAGACCCCGGUAGUGGUGUUGUGAAGACUUUCGGUACCCCCGCUUCUCCCGCUCGUGCUACUCCUUCUCCCGUGAAGGUGGCCACUCCUACAGCGACCCCGCCUCCCCGAACCACCAGCGCUUCUGACCACGCUCGCACUGACAGCAAGGUUGGAGUCAAGACCGAUGAGGAGAAGAAGCAGGAACUGAAGGAUGCCGUUCGCCAAAAGAUCCAGGAGGAUGAGGCCGCUCAGAAGCGUGCGGCCGAGGAGGCCUCCCGCAAGGCUGAGGAGCCUAAGAAGGUAGAGGAAAAGAAGGACGCAGAUGCUGAUUCUGCUGCCGCUGCCCUGCAAGAUAUGAGCUUGCAGGACAAGGCCGCCCCUGCCGCUGCCGCUGCCGCGGCUGCUCCUGUUACUGAAGCCCCUGCUCCGGCUGCUGAGGAGCCCAAGAAGGCACCUGCCCCCGCCCCAGCUGACGAUGAUGAGCCCGACUUCGACGCUAUUGAGCGCGAGUUGGCUGAAAUUGAGGCCAAGGAACGUGCUGCUGAGGAGGACUACAACCGCAAGAAGCAGGAGAAGAAGGAGGCUGCGGAGCGCAAGGAACGCGAGGAUCUUGAGGCCUACGAGGCAAACAUGAAGAAGGCCGAGGCUGAGGCUGAGGAGCGCGAGCUCGCUCGUGAGGCCGCUCGCGCCAAGGGCGAGACCACCUCCAACGAUGACCUCUUUGCUUCCCUCAAGAAGGGUGGCUUGGCUGCUACUGAGUCGUCGACACCUGCUGACAGCGGUGCCAACACUCCUGUUUCGUCUGACAUGGGUCCCCCUGGCAAGCCCGCCAGCGCUACUACUAAGAAGCCCUCCAGCUUGAAGCUGGAUACUAAGCCCGAGACAUCCGAGCCCAGCGCUGCCAUGAAGUCUUUGCAAAACGCCAAGUUUGUUGAAGACCUAGCCAAGGUUAUCUACCCCUCCUCUAUUAUCGCUCCCAACCUUGCCCUGAACUCCAGCGCCCCUGAGGGUCGCCGAUUCCACUAUGAGAACGAUUUCCUGCUUCAGUUCAAGGAUGCCUACAAGGACAAGCCGUCUGUUGACUGGGACAUUCGCAUUCGGGAUACCGUUGGCGACGCCGAUUCUCGCUCCGCUCGCACCCCCAGCAUGGGGAGCCGUCAGAACUCUCGCAAUCCCAGCAGCAAUGGAUUCACCAUGGGAUCUGGUAUUAUCCCCGUCGGUCGCAACAGCAUGGGCCCCGGUAACCCUGCCAUUGGUGGUCCCCGUGGCCAAUUCAACCAAUUCGGUCCCCGCAUGGGCAGCGGAAUGGGUUCUGGCCCGGGCAUGAUCCGCCAGCACUCGAGCACCAUGGGUCCCAUGUCCCCGGGUGCCCGUGGCAACUCCAGCAAGGGCGGCCGCGCGGACAGCAAGCGCAACAAGAACCCUCGUAAGGAGGGUGAGAAUGACAAGUCCAUGCCUCUGACUGCUGGUAUGAAGCUGGAAGCCAUUCAAGUCUCUGCCACUGGAUGGAAGCCCCGCAGCGUUGGACAAGCUACCGCCGGUCCCACCCCUGGAGGUGAAGGUUACAUGACUCCCGAUAUUGUGCAGCGCAAGGUCAAGGCUGCUCUUAACAAGAUGACCCCUGAGAAGUUCGACCGUAUCUCCGUCCAGAUUCUGGACAUUGUUGCACAGUCAAAGGAUGAAUCAGAUGGCCGCACUCUCCGUCAAGUCAUCCAACUGUUGUUCGAGAAGGCGACCGAUGAAGCUCACUGGGCUUCCAUGUACGCCAAAUUCGCCAAGGCCAUGCUGGAGAGCAUGAGCCCCGAAAUUAAGGAUGAGAACAUUCGCGAUAAGAACGGCAACGUCGUUGCCGGUGGCAAUCUCUUCCGCAAGUACCUGCUUAACCGCUGUCAAGAGGAGUUCGAGCGUGGUUGGAAGGUCAACCUGCCCGAAAAGCCCGAGGGCGCCUCUGAGGAGACUCAGAUGCUUUCUGAUGAAUAUUACAUUGCUGCUGCCGCCAAGCGUCGUGGUCUCGGUCUCGUGAAGUUCAUCGGUGAGCUGUACAAGCUUGGCAUGUUGACUGAGCGUAUCAUGCACGAGUGUGUGAAGAAGCUUGUUGAUUACGAGGGUAUGCCCGAUGAGGCUGAGGUGGAGAGUUUGACCAGUCUCCUCCGCACAAUCGGUUCCAGCCUGGAUGCUUCUGAGAAGGGUCCUGCUAUGAUGGAUGCUUACUUCGCUCGCAUUGCUCUUAUGGUUGAGACACCCAACCUGCCUAGCCGUCUGCGUUUCAUGCUUAUGGAUAUUAUUGAUCUGCGUGCUAAGCGCUGGAACUCCAAGGAUUCCGACAAGGGUCCUAAGACUAUCCAGCAGAUUCGUGAGGAGGCUGCCCGCGCUCAGCAAGCCGCUGAGCAGGAGAAGAUGCGUCAACAGGCCAACCGUGGAGGCGGUGGUGGUCGUCCCCAGAUGGGCCGCGGUGAUGCCCGUGGCUUCGGAUACGGUCAACAAGCCCCUCCUCCCGACUACGCAUCUAGCAAGGUUGGCAGUGACGACCUCCGUCGUCUGCGUUCCACUCGCAACACCAACCAACCCAUGUCAUUCGGACCGUCCAGCAUGCUCGGCUCACGGAGCAGCAGCGGCCGCAAGAACCUGGGUCCGGGUGGUAACCUCGUUCGCGGCAGUGAUGAUAGUGCCGCUAGCAGCCGUACUGGUACUCCUCCUGCCGGCAAGAAGGAGGACAAGGAAGCCGCUUCUUCCAUCAACGCUUUCAGUGCCCUCGCCGCCCUGGAAGACAAGGACAACCUGGCUACCUCUCCCCCAUCCGCCCACACCUCUCCCGUCCUCACCAAGUCGCAGCCCGCGACCGAGCGCCGACCCUCAAAAACCCCAUCCAAGGAUGGCGAGAACGCAGCAUAG